CUUAAAUCAACAUUCCCUUUCUCGUUCUCUUUUUCUCUCUCUAAUGGAGUCUCUCUUGGCCAACUAUGCUUCUUCAGACGACGAAGAAGAACAGCAGCAAAUCUCCUCCAAGUCCACCUCAAAUUUUUGCGAACCAACCUCCAUCUCUAGAGAACCCCCUAAACUUUCUUCUUCUCUUCCCCAACCCAAAUCCUUUUCUUCUCUCUUCUCCUCCCUUCCUCCUCCCAAGUCUCACCACCCAAAUCCACAAACCCCUACAAACCCUUCAUCUUUAGAACCCAAUCCUGAACCCACCAAACCUAAUUCCAUCUUCUCUUCCCUUCCCCCUCCCAAGUCUAGCCUCCCAGACCCAUUAGCACUCACGAAUCCCUCAGCUUCAGAUUCCAAUCCCAAAAGGGUUGUUCAAUUCAGGCCUCCCAUAAACCAAUCUCUGCUGUCCCGAGAUGUCGACGAUGAUGAAGAUGAGGAUGAUAAGCAAAAGGAGAGAAAACCCACCAACGAAUUCAAGUCUUCAGAACCAAUCUCCUCUUUGAAAUCUUUCUUUUCCAGUCUACCAGCUCCCAAGAACUCGCUGGGUUCAGGUACUCCGUCACUGGGCUCUGGUCGGAGAUCUAUCGUCAAAGCCGAGGUACCCACAUCGAAUUCCGACGGUUUCAAGCAGGAGAAUGAAACCGGCACAAGUAGAUACCUGGGGAGUCAUGAGGGAAAUUGGGUUGAUGGGUCAUCUGUGGCAAUGGUGGAAGCAAUGGAUGGUUCUUCAGAAUCUUCAUUUACAGGAGCUGAAACUGCGAUUUGGCUUCCGGGAAAUAAUCCUUAUGAGAACUCUGACUAUGAGAUUUGUGGGAACUAUGCGGGCUAUGGGACCUACGGUACCUAUGAGGAUGGGACCUAUGGUACCUAUGAGGGUAACCGGGUCGAUGAAUCCGCGAAGGUGAAGAUGACGUGGCCAACACCAGAGAUGUCAGGGGCAGCUGAAAAUGUGGUGAGCAUGCCUGGGAAGAGGGGACGGAAUGACGUACCUGCAGAAAUAGUUGAGGUGAAGCAGGAUGAGUUGAUAAAAAAUAGACCAAGGGAGGACCAGGUGAAAUUGACUGGGAUAGCUUUUGGGCCUUCUUACCAGCCUAUAUCGAGUAAGGUGAAGCCUUCAAAGCUCCACAAGAGGAAGCAUCAAAUUGGAUCAUUAUACUUUGAUAUGAAGCAGAAGGAGAUGGAACUUGCGGAGCGUCGUGCCAGAGGCUUCCUCACAAAAGCCGAAACACAGGCCAAAUAUGGUUGGUGAGUUGAAAUGGGGAUGCUCACUACAAUGCAAGUCUUCGAAUAUUGGAAGCAAAGACAUAAUUUCCUUGAUACACUACAUGUAACUGUUUGUCUAUCCAACAGACUCGCGUUUGGUUUCUGUCAAA